AUGAGUACCGAAGUCAUAGCAGCAGAAGCUCGACUUGCUCAACAUCGAGACGGCGCAGCACACGCGAAAAUUCAAUUAGCAGAGUCUUUGGAUGCGUUGAAGGCUGCACAAAACCGACUGUUGGUGAAGCGGCUGGACGAGACGAUCAAGCAGCAGCGGGAUGUGGAGCAGGAGGCCCUUACGUACUUAAAGAAUGUGAACUCGUUGUAUCAACGUACAGCCAAGUGGAAAGCUGAACAGAAGCGUUUUCGCUCGACUUUGGACGGAUUGGACCACUUUGCGGAAUGGGCCGCUGCUACUGAGAAUAGUUUGCAUGGUAUUGCUGGCAAUUUGGAGUACGUGUGCGCUGUACUGGAUAAAGAACAACAAGAAGCAACAAACGACGGCUAUACACGAGUGCAAGAGUUUACGUGA